AGUACAUGUAGAUUUGUACGUAAGGUAUAUAUCAUAACUUUAUUUAGUCUGUUGUGAAAAGAGAAACAAGCGCAAAAUGACCAGUGGUAACUCAAGUGAUGAUGACGGUUCUUUGUUAACUCCGCAUUUUUUGCGAAAAAAUGCACGUCUGAGCACAAAUUCACUAGCAAGCUCGUCUGUUGUUAUCGGAAACAUCUCUGAUGAAGUUUUACGUGUUUGGGGACAACUCCCGGAAGCUAUUCGUUUAGAUCCCAGCUUGGCUGUUUUUCAAAAAGAAUACGAGAGAGUGCAGGGGAUAUCCUCGCUUCCUCGACAAGACUGUUUGGUUGUGAAUUUGUCGUUGAAACAUCAGCUCAUACCCGAAGAUGGAAAAGAGGACGACGCCCAAGAUCCAAACGACAAAAUGAAUUCUCACGAGAGAAAAUUAGGUCCUAUCGCGCGAUACAUAAAACUUUCGUUGCUAGUUAGUUGUUGGAUAAUUUGUUUUCUGACAUUAUUGAUUACGAGAGAAAAAGUUAUGACUCCGCAUCAAUUAUCAGUGCCAAGGAAUGAAGUAAAAAAUUUUACACUCAUCGAUGGUAAUUACCACAGUAGAGUGAGCGUAUCGAUCGAAAGCGCGCUAUUGAUCAAUGUAAACAAAGAAGUCAACACGACCAUGUCAAAGUUCAGAUUAUCAGCAUGGCUAGAAUUAUUACCGGAACUGUCUAAUACUCGCAAUAAAUCGUUACGUGAUAUAGGAUUGGCUAAGAACAUAUCGGAAAUCUGGACUCUGCCUUUGUUGCCCAUUGAAUUUCUUGAUGUGAUUCCCAGUCAGCGACGUAAGAAAGUUUUCGACAUUCACGUACCGCAUGAAUUGAAUCAUCGACUAAUAGUACUAAAUUUGAAGACAAAUUUGAAUGCGACGAUACCCCUAUACGUGUCGUACGAUUUAUCUCCAAUGAGUCUCGAAGAUGGAACUCUUUAUGGGGCUUUAGUCUUGAUCGGUCUUUACAUUCUCAUCGUAUUCGAAAUUAUCCACCGAACCCUUGCAGCUAUGCUGGCUUCAACAUUGACUCUCGCUAUAUUAGCUGCAUUGAACGAAAAACCAACUAUGGGCGAUAUCAUAAUGUGGGUCGACGUCGACACUCUUCUACUACUUUUUUCAAUGAUGAUCCUUGUAGCUAUUGUUGCCGAUACAGGUGUAUUUGAUUAUUUAUCUGUUUACGCUUAUAAGAUAACCGCUGGUAAAGUAUGGCCAUUAGUUAGCACACUGUGCUUUUUCACAGCGAUAAUAUCGUCGUUCCUGGACAACGUGACUACAGUGUUAUUAAUGACACCAGUGUCGAUAAGACUUUGCGAAGUGAUGCAACUGAAUCCUGUACUUGUGCUCACCGCUAUGGUCAUAUUUUCUAAUAUUGGCGGUGCUACUACUCCCAUUGGAGAUCCCCCGAAUGUCAUUGUUGCCUCUAACCGCGCAGUUGUUAAUGCCGGUAUUGGAUUUGGAACUUUUACCUUACAUAUGGGUAUCGGUGUUGCGAUAGUAUUAAUGGUAGUUUAUAUUCAUUUCCGAAUUAUUUUUCGGAAGUUAGACGUUUUACGAUUUACUGAGCCUCCAGACGUCCAGGAACUGAGACAUGAAAUCGCUAUUUGGCAGAGAGCAGCUGCUAGUUUAUCCAGUUACAGUAACGACGAAAACGUUGUAAGGCAAACUCUGAUGAAAAAAGUUAAACGAUUGUUAUUACAGUUGAAACAAAAAUUGAUAACUGGUAGUGUAUUGAUGGAACAAUAUAAAACAACAUUAGAAGAGCUUCAAGAAAAAUACCCAAUAAGGAACAAAUGGCUGUUGGCAAAAUCAGGCUUUUCCAUGAUUCUCGUAAUCAUGCUGUUCUUUUUACACAGUUGGCCAUAUUUUAAUUUGACCUUGGGUUGGACAGCAUUUUUAUGCAUCUUGCUCCUCCUCAUUCUGGCAGAUAGCGAAGAUCUCGAUGGUCUGAUGGCUCGUGUCGAGUGGAGCACUUUGUUAUUUUUUGCUUCUCUCUUCGUUCUGAUGGAGGCUUUGACAAAACUUGGCGUAAUUUCCUGGAUCGGCAAAAAGACUGAAACGGUGAUCAUGUCGGUGAAUGAAGAGUCCCGAUUGGCGGUCGCCAUUUUACUUUUGCUGUGGGUUAGUGCGUUGGCUGGAGCUUUUGUUGAUAAUGUGCCUUUGACUACAAUGAUGAUAAGAAUAGCUACUGGAUUAGCAGAAAAUCCUAAUCUACAACUACCCCUACAACCGUUGGUUUGGGCACUAUGUUUAGGUGCUUGCAUGGGAGGGAAUGGGACUUUGAUUGGAGCGACCGCCAAUGUCGUGUGCGCUGGAGUUGCUGAACAACAUGGCUAUCGUUUCACGUUCAUGCAGUUUUUUAAGGUCGGAUUCCCAGUGUUAUUAAGCAGCACGUUCACCAUAACGAUUUAUCUGAUGAUUGCUCACGUCGUUUUCGAUUGGAAUAGCUAAGAUAAUCUGUGAUAAAAAUAGUAAAAUUUUUUCAGGGGAAAAUUUUGCCUUAUUUACAGAUUUUGAAUGUAAGUCAUCAAAGAAAAAACUACUCUUAAUUAUAAGUGUAUGAAAACAUAUAAUCGAACGAAUUCUUCUGUAUAUUAUAUAUAUGUUGUCUUAUGUUUUAUACUUGUAAAGUAUAUUUUUUGUAAUAUAUGUGAGGUUGAUUUUGUAUAUUGUUCGUAUACUAAAGAGUAA